UCUGUAAGACAAUAUUUUCAAUAUCUUGAGGACAUAUCUAGAUCUAGAUCUAGUCUAGAUCUAAAUCUAGAAUUUCUAGACUCAUUUUAUCUAAAGUAUUCUAGAACUAGAACCCUUCUCACAGAAUUUUUUUUUUAAAAUGCCAAAAGCAAAGAAAGGUGAAUGCCCUUCUAAUAACAAAAGAAUAAUCCCAGCAAUUGAAGAUUACUCUGUUCUUCAACCUCAAGACCAAAGUGAUAAUUCUAGAUCUAUUGACAGUCCGAUUAGAGAUGAUCAAGAUGUUGAUCUAACAGCCACGGAACCAGAACAACCUCUAAUGAAUACUAAAACUGCAGGAGGAAAAAAGAGAGUUGCUGACAAUGACUAUGAUCCAGCUGAGUUCAGCCAUGAAAUGCAAAAAAUGCUUGAAGGGUUUAAAGCUGACAUUUCUAAGACUCAUCUACAAAAAAAGAAAAGACUGGAACAACUAACUCAAGCAUCGUUAAAAAAUGCGAACAAAAAAGUUGAUGAAAUAUGGAAGAAUCAACAAAUUUUACGAGAAAGAUUGCAGGAAGAGUUUAGCAAGCAGGUUUUUUUAGUGUAUCAGCAAUGGGAAUCUGACAUUGAAAAAUCCAAAGAACAAGAAGAAAAAUUAAAUACUUUAUUCAAACAACAGCAGAAGUUUUUUCAGCAGUCUGUAAUAAUUCAGAGCCAAAGAUUAAAAACAAUUAAGGAGCUAAGUACACAGUUUAUAAGGGGUUUAGAUGACUUAGAAAGAAAUAGACUUAACCAGCAAGAAUUAUUACAAAGUGAGCUUAAGAAAGAAAUGCAGCUACUUCAGAAACGAAUAUUAAUGGACACAGAGACCCAGGCUGACCAGAACUCAGCCCUGACACCAGUGGGUCAUAAAAAAUCUUUCUGAGACAGGUAUUGAUGAAUACUUUGUUAUUUUUUUCUUUCAUUCUUAGGUCUCUGCUUCAUAAAGUAAUAUUGGCUUAAGAAUUAUGUUGAAGAGUCUGAUCUUGGUGGUGUAACCCCGUGUGUUUUUCAGUCGAUAGAAGGCUUCUCGAGUUUAACAAUGCGGGCUCUGGCGUCUGCAUCCAUGGUUGUCUAGGAUGCUGGCCUACUGCCAAGAUAUAUGAAGCUUUUCAGCUCUUCUAGCGCCUCGCCUUGGACUGUAAUGAGCGUAUUGUUGGACGCCUUUAUCUUGAACACCUUGUUCUUCCCUCUGUUUCUGGAUACGACCCAGUGUAGCUGAAUUGUCCGCAAAGGUGCUUAUCUUUUCCUGCAUUUACUGUUGUGUCAGAGAGAAAAGCCAUAUCAUCUGCCAAGUCGAGGUGGUCUAGCUGUUUCCACUUGGACUGUUCUAGAAUGAUGCGUAGCCUCGCAAUCUGAUAUGUGCAUGA